AUGACACUGGUCACCCUCGUCUUUUUACUUCUUGCCAGCCAACUUUUGCAUCUAAUGGUGCUCGCCUCGCCCACUCAACCCACUCCGCCUCUCCCAUUGGCCUCCCAAGAGGAUCCUUUGUCGCCCAUUCCGUCGAGCUAUUCGAUGUCGUCCGACUCGCAUGCGCCACGCAGCACCCCUGCCGGCCUACCUCCACCAUCCGAUUUUCAUGCCUCAUUCACACCCGCCAGACCGUCCUCACUGUCCUCGUCCAUCAUGGACACCGCCUCACCUCCAACAUUACUUGCCUCUCCUGCCACGUUCAGCGCCACUUUAACCGCCUCUUCCGUCAUAGUUCCCGCCUUUCAUCCCACGGUCACCGCUUCGUCCGUUUCCCUCGCGUCCCCAGAACAGUCCCUCCCAGAUGGGGAGGAGUCCCAGAACCUAUCGCCUGUCACAGGUGUCGCGAUCGGGAUCGCUGUCGCCUACAGUCUCUGGACGCGAGACCUUCGUGCCACCGCCGCGGACACGGCCAAUUUGGUGAUCAAUAUCCUGAGAAUCCUUCCGGAUGCUCGUGCAGAGUUACACCAAAACUUUAUGCAAUGCUUCGGUUCAUUCACGCCUACGUCUUCUUUCUCUCAUAACGCCUCAGUCCCACAAUCCCCACCGUUGGAUACUCUGCUUGCGACCACUUCUCUUCCUGCACCUUACCCGCAACGCGAGAUGACGCUGAACGUCGUCAAUGGACAGAGUCGCUCUGUUGGAGACGGAGAAAGAGGAAGCAUUCAAAAUGGGCAUGUUGUGGGUGGCCCGUCUGAUUGA